AUGGGGUCUGUACUGGACGAUGGCAGUCAAACCGUGCGUUAUGUGGAAUAUCGUAUGGAACCAGUCACCACAUGGUAUCUGAAUGCUCAUUAUCUCUUUAUCAUUUCAUCUCAGCGCCCUCUCAGCACUCACAUGCACGUCAGGAGCGGAGCUGAGGAGGUAGAAACAGUGCAACUCUAUCUCCCCAGGUCCACUCCUCGCAUGGCAUUAAUGAGAGGAACUGAACUAAUGGUGGCAGCUGCAAAUAGCAGCUGCUAA